AUGACUGCGAAUCACGGCGGCGCGCCGCAGAUCCCCGGGUCGUCUUCGGCGUGUGGCGCGCCACAGAUCCCCGGGUCGUCGUCGGCGUGUGGCGCAGGUCACGCGCCGCAGAUCCCCGGGUCGUCGUCGGCGUGUGGCGCAGGAUACUACGACUCUGCGAACCUCGACGGCGCGCCGCAGAUCCCCGGGUCGUCUUCGGCGUGUGGCGCACCGCAGAGCCCCGGGUCGUCGCCGGCGUGUGACGCAGGCGGCGCGCCGCAGAUCCCCGGGUCGUCGUCGGCGUGUGGCGCACCGCAGAGCCCCGGGCCGUCGGCGUGUGGCGCAGACGGCGCACCGCAGAGCCCCGGGUCGUCGUCGGCGUGUGGCGCAGGAUACUACGACUCUGCGAACCUCGACGGCGCGCCGCAGAGCCCCGGGUCGUCUUCGGCGUGUGGCGCGCCGCAGAGCCCCGGGUCGUCGUCGGCGUGUGACGCAGACGGCGCGCCGCAGAGCCCCGGGUCGUCGUCGGCGUGUGGCGCAGGUGGCGCGCCACAGAUCCCCGGGUCGUCGUCGGCGUGUGGCGCAGGUGGCGCGCCGCAGAGCCCCGGGUCGUCGUCGGCGUGUGGCGCACCGCAGAGCCCCGGGCCGUCGGCGUGUGGCGCAGACGGCGCGCCGCAGAGCCCCGGGUCGUCGUCGGCGUGUGGCGCAGGUGGCGCGCCACAGAUCCCCGGGUCGUCGUCGGCGUGUGGCGCAGGUGGCGCGCCACAGAGCCCCGGGUCGUCGUCGGCGUGUGGCGCAGGAUACUACGACUCUGCGAACCUCGACGGCGCGCCGCAGAUCCCCGGGUCGUCUUCGGCGUGUGGCGCACCGCUGAGCCCCGGGUCGUCUUCGGCGUGUGACGCGCCGCAGAGCCCCGGGUCGUCGCCGGCGUGUGGCGCAGGCGGCGCGCCGCAGAUCCCCGGGUCGUCGUCGGCGUGUGGCGCAGGAUACUACGACUCUGCGAACCUCGACGGCGCGCCGCAGAGCCCCGGGUCGUCUUCGGCGUGUGGCGCGCCGCAGAGCCCCGGGUCGUCGUCGGCGUGUGACGCAGACGGCGCGCCGCAGAGCCCCGGGUCGUCGUCGGCGUGUGGCGCAGGUGGCGCGCCACAGAUCCCCGGGUCGUCGUCGGCGUGUGGCGCAGGUGGCGCGCCGCAGAGCCCCGGGUCGUCGUCGGCGUGUGGCGCACUGCAGAGCCCCGGGCCGUCGGCGUGUGGCGCAGACGGCGCACAGCAGAGCCCCGGGUCGUCGUCGGCGUGUGGCGCAGGAUACUACGACUCUGCGAACCUCGACGGCGCGCCGCAGAUCCCCGGGUCGUCGCCGGCGUGUGGCGCAGGAUGCUACGACUCUGCGAACCUCGAAUCGUUGGAGUGCUUGCCUACGGCCGUGGUGCUGCCAAUGGUGCAAGCACAAGAAUCUGAUACAGAAUCGGAGCUCACUGCCACAGAUGAUGUCCAAGAUGACGACUGGGAUGAUCCCGACUACAUACCUGAUCACGACUCAGACGAGGACGCGUGCCCUCCUUCAGUGGCCUCAGAAGGGCUUGAUGAGCUGCCACGGUACCCUGGACUAGCCGCCGGAGCCGGAGCCGCACCAGCCGCUGGAGGGGCACGGAUCGUGUCCCAUGAUGGGGAUGCGCCGCAGAUUGGUUCAGAAUCCGCUGGUCCCCAGUCGUCCCCUUACCCAGUGGCAAUGACCGCGAAUAGUCCGGGGCGUCGGAAGUGGAAUCGGCGUAAUUUUUGUCCCUACUGCGAACGGCCUCACGCGAAAUUGACCAGGCAUCUUCAGCGGGCACACGCGACGGAGUUUGAUGUCGCGAUGGCCCUCAUGAAACCGGUGCGCUCUCUCCAAAGGCGGAGAGCACUAUGUGCUUUGGCAAAGUUGGGCAAUUAUCGUCACAACAUAGCGGUCAGAUCUGGGGAGAAAAGAGGGGAGCUUGUCGCGUGUAACAGGGCUCGUACACUGAAAUCCGGAGAUGACUAUCUGGCGUGUAACGUUUGUAAGGGGUUCUUCCUCCGUGCGACCUUGUGGCGACACAAGCGUGUGUGCAACCCUACAGGAGGCGGAAGAGUCCAGGCCGCCGCCAGAGCAGCGAUGCCAUCGAACAGCGCGACCUCUUCAAAGCUUCGCAAAGUGCUCGACUGUAUGUGCAUUGAUAGUGUGUCCUUGCUCUGCAAAACAGAUGACACCAUUCUUUUGUUCGGCGAGUAUCUUUGCGCUAAGCUAGGCACCGAGAACAAGGAUGUACAAAACAUCAGGAACAGGAUCAGGGAGCUGGGAAGGCUGUUGGAAGUGCUGAGAACGAAGGACCCAGAGGCGAAGCUGAAAGACUUCAUCGAACCACGACGGUUUUCGGAACUGACCACAGCCGUUCGUGAAAUGUGUGGGUUCAGCUCGGAGAGCCACAAGUAUGCCACGCCUUCUUUGGCGCUGAAAAUCGGACAGAGCAUGAAAGUAUGCGCGGAGCAGAUCCUGGCUCAGCAGAUCGAAAGUGGCAACGAAACGUCACCGACAAGGCAGUUCAUUGAAUUGUACAACCUUCAGUGGACUAAGCAAGUAUCGCGACACGCUCUUGUAACUCUGCAGGAGGCGAAGUGGAACAAAGUAGAAACGAUGCCUGUAGCAGCCGACAUACAGCUGGUGCAUCGCUACCUGGACAAUGAAACGGAACUCAAAGUUGCUGAACUCACAAACGAUCCCACCCCAGCAACCCACAAAGCUGUGGCAGAGCUGGUACUCGCGCGCCUAAUAAUGUUUAACAGAAGGAGGCAAGGCGAGGCGUCGGCGAUGACGAUCGACGCUUACCAAAAAGCUACCUCAUCUGACGGCACAAAUCACCCUGAGGUUACCAGCUCCCUGAGCAGCUUUGAACAGCACUUGGCAGGAAGUCUACUCAGAGUCGUUAUCCGAGGAAAGAAGGGUCGCGGAGUGCCGAUGCUGCUGACACAGGAGAUGCGAAGGACCGUCGACAUCUUGCUCGAGCAUCGGGAAGCAGCGGGCGUUGGCGCGUCGCAGUAUGUGUUUGUCAACUCCAUGGCGUCAGACGACAGGCCUCUCAGGGGUGCGGACUGCCUGCGGAAGUUUGCACGACUGAGCGGGCUCAAGAAUCCGGAAUCACUUACAUCCACCAAGCUCAGAAAACACAUUGCAACGCUUUCCCAAGUCUUGAAUCUCAAAGAUAAUGAGCUGGACUUGCUAGCCGGAUUCCUAGGGCACGACGUCAGGGUACACCGAAGUGUGUACAGAAUGCCUGAGGCAACAACCCAGCUGGCUCUUGUCAGUAAGCUCCUUAUGGCUUCUGAACAGGGAAUGGGGGCAUGGAGAGGCAAGAGUCUCGGUGAGAUACAGUUUGAGGAUAUCCCCGAUGUGGAAGAGAUACCAGAUGCAGAUGAGAACGCUCAGGCCGAAGAGACUGCUCCGCGAGCUUCUUGUUCUCAAGCAGGAAAUGUCACAGAGGCGCAGGACAGUAUUGGAGGAGAUGCCGAAGAAGCCGAAGAAGUGAGUGAGCCGAGAAUGAAUGCUCCUCAAGCCGAGGCUGCACGACCGAUGAAGAGAAAGAAAUGGACACCAGAGGAGGAUAGGGCGAUUCACAAGCACUUCGCACACUUCAUCAGCCGUUUCAAAGUUCCUGGAAAAGUGGACUGUGUGAGGGCGAUCGCGGCGGAGAGUGCGUUGUCCGCAAGAUCGUGGACAGAUGUUAAGAACUGCGUUUAUAACCGCAUACAAAGACGAAAGAAACACGGACACUGACAGGUCACUGACGUGUGAGGUGACUUACGAGUCACCUCACGAGUCACCUCACGAGAGUCACCUCAUGAGUCACCUCACGAGUCACCUCACGAGACGUGAGGUGACUCACGUCGCUGUUCAGCUGAGUGUGGAUGUUUUGGGAAUACAUAUUCCCCGUCAUUGUC